UAAGGUAAACCAAGGGACUUGCCUCUGUCAUUUUUUUUUUUUUUUCGUUUUUGUUGGUUUUCUAAAUAUCUAUGAAGAGAAUUAAACCAUGGACUUUGUCUCAGCCAUGAUUUUUAUUCUGGCUAUGGUCCUGAUUAUCACAUUAGGCUCCUUCAAACAUUUGAGACCUAGUUUUUUCUCUCAGUCUGCUGAGACAUGACCUGUUAAUUAACUGAAACACCUGUUGCUCAAGCUCGACGCACGGUUGACAAACUUCAAAACAAAUUUAUCAACAGGAUAUUGGACUGCUCUCUUUUCAUGGCGGUCUCCCGACUCUGUCCUCUCGCGUUCGCGUUUAGCGUCGCCAUAAUCAUCGCCGUUUCCACCGUUUACACGUUUAUCAGUGGCUACAGCGAAGAUCUGGUUUUUAAAUUGAAACGAAGUCGAGGACAUUCAAAAAGACAGUCGAGACUCGACAAGAAAAUGGCAUUCCCGUAUCAAAAUAUUCGUAUUCCAAAUCAUGUUCGUCCAUUGUCUUACGACAUUUACAUUCACCCAAAUUUAACGACCUUUAAGUUUUAUGGCAGGGUUAUAAUCGAAUUACGGUGCUACCAACCCACGAGGAACGUAAUAUUUCAUGUGCGUGACCUUCGUGUUGCAAAUGUAAAGCUCACGGAUUCAAGACAAAAACGUUUGAAAAUCGCGCGAACAGUGCAAUACAAGAAAAACCAACAACAUUUGAUUGCUGUGAAUGAAGAGCUCAGAGAAAAGGAAAGAUAUGCACUUUAUAUGGAAUUUAAUGGAACGUUAUCUAAAAACAUGGAGGGAUUUUACAGAAGCAGCUACAAGACAAAGACAGGACAAGCCAGUUUCAGGUACCUAGCUACAACUCAAUUUGAAGCCACAAAUGCGCGUUCUGCCUUUCCAUGUUUUGACGAGCCUUCGUUCAAGGCGGUUUUCCACAUUACAGUAGUACAUGACGUCAAUCACAAAGCGCUGUCCAACAUGCCGCUGGAGUCACGUGACAGAAGGAAUGACGGUCUUUUGGAAAGUCGCUUCUCUCCAAGUGUUCCCAUGCCAACAUAUCUUGUGGCGUUUAUUGUAUGUGACUUUAGGUACAAAGAGACCAAUACAAAGAGCAACAAGAAGAUAAGGGUGUGGUCCAAACCUGACGCAAUCGACAGCGUGGACUUAGCUCUGAAUGUGGCCAAGCGCACUCUGGAAUAUUAUGAGGAUUUUUUCAAGGUCUCGUAUCCACUGCCUAAACUCGAUCUCAUCGCAAUUCCUGACAUGGGCGGGGCAAUGGAAAACUGGGGACUAGUGACGUUUCGUGAGUCUGCUGUACUCUUUGACUCGAGCACCGGAAGCGUAGCUGACAAGAAACUGGUGACGAUGAUUGUAGAUCACGAGCUUGCCCACCAAUGGUUUGGUAACUUAGUAACAAUGAAAUGGUGGAACGAUCUGUGGCUGAAUGAAGGAUUUGCAGUGUACAUGGAAUACCUAGCCACCGAUAACUACAACCCCAAAUGGAAAAGGGAGGAUCAAUUUAUAUUGGAUACUAUGAGAGAAGCGCUGGACGUUGACAGCUCAAUUCACACACAUCCAGUGUCGGUUAAGGUUCGCAAUCCAGCAGAAAUCAACGAGAUAGUGGAUACGAUAACAUAUCAUAAGAGUUCUGCAGUUAUAAGAAUGAUGCAAAAUUUCCUUGGAGUUGAGACAUUUAGAAAAGGAAUUCAGAUUUACUUGAAGAAACAUCGAUUUUCAAAUGCCAAGGCCUCGGAUCUUUGGGAAACAAUGAAUAAGGCAUCAGGAAAUUUUGUGGACGUUACAAAAAUCAUGGACUCGUGGGUCACACAGAAAGGAUUUCCUGUUAUAUCAAUUUCAAGUGAUAAAAUUCAGAGGAAAGAUGGCAGUUUGUCCUACAGGGCAAGUCAGAAAAGAUUCUUUAGAGAUUUUACCUCGACACACUUAAAGGAUGGGAAUGCAAAGGGACAUGGAUGGUAUGUUCCGCUGACUUACAUUACUGAAACCUCACUUAGUAGUAUGAAAACUGUGUGGAUGAACAAGUCUUCAGUUACAUUUCAGCUUCCCGGCAGUCUCUCUGGCUGGUUUAAGGCCAAUGUUGGACAAACUGGUUUCUAUCGAGUCAACUAUGAAGAAGAGAACUGGAAACGACUGAGCCAGCAAUUACUUCAUAAUCACACGGUGCUGAGUCCAUCAGAUAGAAGUGGAUUAAUUGACGAUGCAUUGAGCAUGGCAAGGGCGGGUGUCCUGGACUACAAGACUGCACUGGACAUGACGGAGUACAUAAAACACGAGCGGGAAUAUGUUCCAUGGACGGUCGCUCUUCGCUCCAUGGCUUACAUCGGCACCAUGCUGAGCUCAAGAUCUUCCUACGAGCUUUAUCAGCAAUUCAUCGUGGAGAAGAUGAAGCCAAUGGAACAAAUACUAGGAUGGGAAGACACUGGAGAACUGACUGAUAAGUUUCUCCGAGAGCUAACUCUUUCUACGCUAAGUUUGAAGGGUCACGCAGAAACCGUAAGCAAGUCACAAAAACUGUUUGAUGACUGGAUGAGUACCAAUGGGAGCCAUCCGAUUGUGCCACACCUUCGAAAGAUUGUUUACUUCACCGCCAUUAAGUACGGAGGACACACUGAAUGGGAAUUUUUGUGGAGAAAGUACAAGGACUCCAAAAAUGCCGCGGAGAGAGAAAAAAUCAUUUCCGCUCUCUGUACUGCGAGAAAUAAAGAUGUGCUACAAAGGUUGCUAAAGGACACAUUGGACAGCAGUGAGGUUCGUUCUCAGGAUAUGAUUCAAAUCAUUGCUACCGUGGCUAGCAAUCCUGAGGGACGCCAGCUGGCUUGGAAAUUUUUUAACAAGAACUUCAAAAAGAUAGUGGAAAGGUUUGGUAAAGAGUCAAAGGCAGUUGUGUUUCUCCUAGAGAAAACGACAGAAAAUCUCAACACGCCAGAGCACUUGAAGGAGGUCAAGGAUUUCAUCAAAACACAUCACACAAUGUCCUUGGUUCAAUUAUCUGACAAGAAAAUUCUGGAAAAAAUUCAGACCAACAUACAUUGGAUGGCGACACAAGUCCAGAAGGUGGAGAAGUGGUUGAAGGAUCGACAAAAAUAAAAACAAAAAGAAACACAUUCCUGACCCCAUGGUGUAAGGAUACCCCUCAAUAGGGACUCAGUGAUGGUCCCAUUCACAUGUAAAGCGAACACUGGAAACCCGCAGUGAAAAGAAGACCUCCCUUAAAUUAAAUGUGCACUGAGUGAUGGUUUCAAUUACAUGUACAAACAGAGAACUCGUACUCUGCAGGAAGGUACACCAUGCUGAAACUGCCACUGAACAGCAAGAUCUUUUUUUUGUUCAUAAUUGAAAUUUUUAACUUCCCUAUUCUCAUUGAGGCAUAGUAAACACAAGGGGUUGUUUGGAGUAGAUAAACAUGAAAAGCAGUCAAGGCUAUCUAAGGCAUGUUAAAUUCAAAGAGCAAACUAAAAUCUGAAAUUCGCAGACACUGUUUGAACAAGUCACGCAAUCUUCCUCCCCCACGUAGGGGAGGGAGAUUGCAUGACAAGCCCAAAGAAUGUCUGCGUAGGAGGUUAAUUAAUUUACGAAAUUAAAAAAAAUCUGUUUUCCAUAAUGCUAAUGUAACUACCUUUUCACCCACUCACAGUGUGUACAGUAACUAUUUCACCAACAAUGCAACUGACGAGCACUUUUUGUGGGGCUUACUGACUUGGAUCAGUUUGCUUCACAAUGUCACUAAAAACAGGCUGGACCAAUGGUUUCAUUGAUACAGGCAAUUUAAUAAACUUCUUACAUAUAAUGGUACAGUAUACCAUGUACAUUAUAUACAUAUAUAAUAAAGAUUCUCGUAAUUCUAGCAAUGUAAAAUACUCGAAGAAAAGACUCUAGACAACAGUAGCUGUUGAAAGUAACAUUUCCAUUAGUUCACUUCGCAUUAAGCCAUUCUUGGAAUUACUCUUCCAUUGGCAGUUUCUUAUCCGUUCAUGUUAACUACAGAACAAGCUAUUGGUGUGGAAGUAAAAACAUGACUGGGGCUAGAAACCCCUUUAUCAACUCUGUCAUUUUUCUAAAUGAUCAAUCAGAGGUCAAGCUGUCAAUAAUAUUAUCGACUUUAUUGAACUAAAUCUAUUAUAUAACUGAAAACGUAAGAAAAAUAAGAAUAAAUUAAGUAACACCACACUAGUCAAAUUCUCUUCCUUCACUUUUCAGAAAAUUCAGAGAAUUUAUCACUGACAAAUGAUUAAUGCUGUCUUUAAAUGUAAGUUACACUUACAACAAAGCAAUGCGUAGAAAUCACAAAUACUUCAAAGCAUCGUGCAGUUCCAGAAAAUAUCCAUAUUGCUCCCACAGAAGGGAUUGAAAUUUCCUGGGAGGUGGGGCUUUCUGAAAUACCAAAAAAUUAAAGAAAUGUGUGAAGCUUUAUUCAAAUUUCCAGAGGGGUGGGGCAGGGGAGGGGGUUCUUAGAAAAAAUCCCUUCCAUAGGGAAAGUAUGGAUAUUUUCUGGAACCACACAUUUCAUCCCAACAAUAACGAUCAUGCUUAAAACCGAUUCCUCUCUGAGAAACUGACAUCUUGAUUGAAGUCCAGUUCAUUUGAGUAAGCAGGUGGUAAUGUUAACAAACACCAAUAAGUUCUUUCUUAACAUUUUUUCUCACACAGUUCAAGUUUGCUGGUUCAUUUUAAUCAAACAGAACCAGUAGCUCCAGAACAGCAUUCCCUCUCAAAAUGGCACUGCAUUAUAAUACAGUCAUCAAUCUUCCCACAUAUUCCCAAAUGUUGCUCACAUUAUUUCUUAGCUUCAAGUCCUAUGAUCAUGAUCAAAAUUAAAUUCUCUCCACUGAAUCACUUUGAAUAAUUUUAUCAACUAUCCUUGAAUAAAUUAGAUUUUAAAUGAACAAAGCUGUCCUAAAUGGCUAAUUCACAUGGCCUUUAAGAUGUAUUUACAACUAUACUUACACCAUUAUUUCUACAGAAGCAAUUCUCUGAGUCAGACACUUUUUGGCUAAUUUUUUUCUUUUUCGUUUUGUGUUAAUUUUUUUAGGACUUCAACUUCCCAAGUUAACAGUACUGUUCUAUAGAAACUCUGCCUCUUGUAUUUUUGGUGCACAUUUCCUUAACACAAUUAUUCUGUUUACUUAAAUCUGCGGCAAUCAUUUUCACAUUCCCACAUCAUGCACAUGUACUUGAUUUUCGUUUUACCUUAUGGUGUCCAGAAUGUUCCAAAAAACUCCUCCACUUUGUUAGAUAAUUAGGCAACAAGAGUAAGUCACAGUGAUUACAAUGAAACCUGUUAAAUUCUGAGCACUUACUGAAUGCAAAUUUGCAAUGUUCUGUUACUAAAAAUCAGAAGUUAGAUGACCUUUCAGAAAGCAAAAUAUACACUGCGAGCUACAGAAGAAACACAAAGAUGUUUUUAUGAACAUUCGCAGAAGGCCUUGUCAUAGAAAAAAAAA